AUGCGCGAGAGAGAGAUACGCCGCACGCCAUCUCGUGCGGCCUAUUUCGUCCCCGCUACGGCGGUGUCUUUCUGGCUGCUGGCCUACGUCAGCGUGCCAGCUCAGCGUGCCAGCUCAGCGUGCCAGCUCAGCGUGCCAGCUCAGUCCCCGCCACGUCGGCUUAUCCGAUGGCGGUGCCCUCGCUCUGCUCGCACCCCUCUGUCACUUCUGUCCUUGUCCCUUCGGCUCUCACCCGAGAUCCAACUCUGUCAACCUUUGUCUGUCCGGUGCUUUCUACGCAUCGUCCAUACCCACGACCGUUGCUCACGGAGGCCUCUUGUACCUUACAAGAGUCGAGGAUUCACACCCUCCUGCGGUGCUUGUCUGAGAGCCAACCUAUAUCUGGCGUCAGCGAAGAACCUAUACCGGUCAACCUCUCAGAUUUGCGCUGCAGUGUCCUCCAUAUCCCACCAUGUCCAACCCCGGGGUCGAAGAAACGAAAAUGAACCACCCCGAGGGUGGAUCUUCCACGGGCGAGGGCGGCCUUCCGCCCGCUCCUGCCCCCACCCCUGCUCCUGCCGCCGCGCAGGAGACUCCCCUGUCUCGCCCUCCAGCGACUCAGUCAACGUUGGCCACCAGCUGCGUGGCGACGCUCUCGAGACGCACCAGGAGCAGCUCGCGCUCGCUGCGUCUCGCGAGCCCGCCGCCGCCGCCGCCAUGGAUAUCGACGACGACCUCGUCUCUCACCCUAGCGUCGCCAACUCCCACCCCGUCACCGAGACCCCUCCCCCUGGCGCCUCCGUCCUCGACGCAACGAUCGCGAGCCUCACCCGCUACAUCGAGAACGAGUCAGAAAAACUCGCCCGGGGAGACAUCACGGAGCUGAGCCUUCACACCAUGGAAGUUAUGGAUAAGGUGCGGUACAACGCGAUCCAGCUCCGGAACGCCGCCGGCAUUGUCCCCGCGCGUCGAUCCGACUCGGGCUCCGGUUCUGGCUCUGGUGGUGGGUCGGGCUCUGGGGGUCGCUCUGAUUCCGGCGGCCGCGGAGGAGGCAACUCCAACCGCGAGCGCCGCAGCAAGGGCAAAACCCCCGCCGCUCCCCGGCCCCGCUGUACCUACUCGAAGUGCAAGAAGCCCCUUGGACACACAUUCGAGACGUGCUUCCAGCGCCAGCGGGACGAGCGGGACGAGGACUCGGGCAACGGAGGCAGCAGCAGGGGCGGUUCCGGCGGCGGAGGCGGAGGCAAGCGCGCCAAGAAUUCGUCCACCUCCAACAACUAGGGGUGCCCUGCUGCUGCUGCGCCUGUGUAGUAGGGAAUUGUUCUGGUGUUGCCAGUAGAGGCGUGAAGAGGAAACUCUCCACGUCUGUAGCUGUGUCUGUCUCUACCCCCGACUUUCUUGUCCCCCGUGUCCCUGUCCGUCAUGGUAACUAUGUAGUGCCUAAAGUCCGCGCCCGUCCUCACGGUACAGAGCGUGCGUUGUACGGCCUCUCUAGCGUGUCUGAUCUUCGUGUCCCUUCCUUGCAGGCUGAUGACGAUGGUGUUGAGCCUGUGUGUCCCCGCCCUCCCUCCCGGAAGCGGAAUCUGAGUAGCAAUAAUGUCUCCUCGGCUUGCGCCGAGCCUCCGUGCCCAGCUUUAGCAACGUCCUGUCCUAGUGUUGCUGAGUCACGUGAGAAUGUCAAGUCUACUCAGUCUGUGUCCGAGUCCCUGUGUGCGCGUGACAGUGUGUCUUCGCGUAGCAGUUCAGGGUGUGUGCACCCGCGUGGGUGUGGUAGACGCGGGAUACGGAAGUGGAGUAGGAAGUUGUCCUCUGUCAAAAAUAAUACGAAUGAUCAAGUGUGG